AUGUUCCGUGAUGAAACUUUCACGAAUGAUGAGUGUGCCAUCACGCUGCCUCACGACCGUCUUUCUGGACUUUGCUUCCUGCAAGGCGACUACGUGGUAAUUAAUGCGCCCUGCAGCUUUGAGAAGCGCGUGAAGAUCGGCGUUGGCGGAGACUGUCCUGACGUUUUAGGUGCAGAGCAUAAGACAAUCUCCAUGGCGAGUCGUUGA